AUGCUGGCUUCGGUGUGUUACUACCUCCGUGGCGGCACCUCUACAACGGCGCAUGCCAGUAGUGACGGCAAUGUCUCCAAAGCUGAUCCAGAGGAACCGGUCAACCACGAGCUGUGGUUAUCGCCGUCGAGUUCGUCGCAAGUUGAAGGGUUGAGUGAGCCCAGAGUGUGGGUGGAGGAUUCCGCGGGUCAAGACUUGGAGACAAGGGACCUGGGUGUUCAGAGGCUUCCACAGCCUGUCCUUGUGGGGAGUGACCCAGGUGUUCAGAGCCUGUCCUUGCAGGGAGAUGCCUUGCCUGCUGUCAGUCAAGCUGUGUCGCAAGCUGGGUAUACCUUUCACGUUGGCGCCCAAACGCUGAACUCGGCUGGUGCUCCUUAUGCCGGGGUUUCCUUCCUUACUCGGUGGCCGGCUCAGGCUGUCACGUUGCCGGCUUGGCCUGACGCCGCUGGCCGUGUUGCUGGUCUUCGUGUCUUUCGGCCCCGUGCCCGCCCUUUGCUUCUUGUCGGAGUGUACUUGCAUGCCAGCGACGCCUUCGCUGCCGCUUCCUUGCUUGAUAUGGUUCUCCCUUGGGCUGCCUCUCUGGGUGAAGACUUCUGCGUCACUGGUGAUUUCAACCUGCUGAAGUCCCACUGGCCCAUGUCCCAUGCGUUGGCUGCUGGCCAGCUGUUUGAUGCUGAUGAUGUUGCUGGGGAUCCCGCGCAGCUCCCGGGCACUCACCGCAACGCUGAAGGUGUCCUCACAGGGCGUGUCAUUGACUUCAUGCUCCACUCUGCGUCUGUCACUGUCCGCUCCCGAUGCUUGGUCUUCUGCCUGGCCUGCCUUUCGUGCUCAAUUGACACGGCGCUCGAUAGUCGUAACGUUGAUGCUGCUUGGGCUGCCAUCUCUGCCUGCCUUGCUCAAGUGGUGUGCGAUAGCGUGCCUGCUGUGGCCCCGGAGCAAGCCACCGCCCCGCGUGUCAAUCCGUGCCAACCUCACCGCAAGGCUCCCACUUACCAGUCGCUCUUGGAGCGCCGCCUCCGACGGCUUGCUCGCCGUGCUGCUGAGUUCGCUCGCAAUGGGGGGGAUCAGGGUUUGUUUGUUGCCAUCUCCCGCGAUGUUAAGGAUUUGUCUCCGACCUUCCCUGAGCUCGCCUCUAAUGCGUGGGGUUGCCCCGAGGCCGCCCAGCUUCCUACUUCUUUGGCCAACCAGCAGGCCGAGCGUGAUGCUCUUGCUCGUCUCCAGCAUUGGAAAGCCACCACUGGUGAGGACAUGCAUCGUCUGUGUCAGUGGGUCCGGGCCACUGUUCCCACUGAGCCUGCGCACCAGCCUGCCUGCGAUACUUGGACUGCGCCGCUGCAUCCUCAGCACCAGGCUGAGGAAGCCGCGGAAACCUGGAGGCACAUGUGGGCCCCUACCCAGCUUCCUCAACCUGUUGGCUUUCAACAACUUCGCCACCUUGUUGUUCCAACUGAGGAGUACCCGCUUCCCGCUGUGACUGCUGCUUCCUUGUUUGCUCGGUUCCGCGCCUCCAUCCGUAAAGCCACUGGGCUGGAUGGUUGGGGCGCGGCGGCCUUUGUUUCUGCUGGCCUGCCGGCCUGUGAGGCCCUUGCCCAGCUGUGGGCCCUGUGUCUCCAAACUGCGGAGCUUCCCGCCGCGUGGCGGCGCAUCCGCGUUGCUUUAUUACCAAAGCCGGAGGGUGGCCUUCGCCCCAUAUCCGUUGCGUCCGCUGCGUACCGCGCCUGCAUGACCUGUCUGCUCCGCGCUUGCCGCCCCUGGUUUCAGUCUUGGGCUGACCCGGAGUUAGUCGGUGGUGUCCCUGGUAGAUCCAUGGCGCAGACACACGAUGAGCUCUUCGCUGCUUUGCAUGACGCGCGCUCCAGCCGUCAGGCGCUCGUCGGCGCCAAACAGGACAUUCGCAAGUGUUUUGACACGGUCCAGUGGGACCUUGCUCUUCAGGCUUGGUCUUGGUUGGGGGCUCCUGCUCCGCUUGUCUCUCUUCUGCGCGCCUUCUAUGAAGGCCAACAGCGUUGGGUGGCUGUCCGCGGCCACUUUGCCAGCUCUUGCGUUGCCCCCACACGGGGCUUGCUCCAAGGCUGCCCUGCUAGUGUUGGGCUGUUAAACGGCUUAAUGUUGCUUUGGGUUCGGAGCAUCCGUGCUACCUCUCCCACUGUCAGCAUGUCCAUCUUUCUUGACGACCGUGCCCUUUGGUCUACCGGCCGGGGUGCGCCCGAUCAUCUUUGUACUGCCUUGCAAACUGCUGCCACUGUGGACCAAGCUUUGGCUCUGCAAGUUCACCCCGACAAGCUCGCUUGUUGGGCCACCCGUGCUCCCGCUCGCCGUGUGCUUGCUGCCCGGCCGGCCCUGUGUGGCCCUGUCGUUUCUGGCUUUAAGCUUCUGGGCAUUCACUACCGCCUUUGCGCCCACACUGGUGCUGUUGACUCUGCCCGUCUCAACCCGGUCAUCACAAACCGUGCUCGCCGCAUUGCCAUUGCGGCUCGCCACUUGCAUCAACGCAGGCCGCGCCUGCAUCCCAAGUUUGCUCUUGCUUUCGCUGCCGUCCGCCAUGAGUUGCGGCGCAGCGGUGGCGCGCAACCGCCUCCGGCUCGCUCUCGCGCGUGCCCUGCUUUGGCUGCUGCCUUGUCCACUUUUGCUUGGACCAUCCGGCCGGCCACCUCGCAUUUUGCUUUGCGUUACCACCGUGCCCAAGCGCCGCACCAUGCCACUGGUGGUGCGAUGCGCCGUGUCUUGCACGCUGCCGCUCAUGAUACUCGCACCUUGGAACGCAUGCGCAUUCCCUUCACGCCUUGCGUGUGCGGUGACCCGCUCCCCACGCGCACGCAUGUCACCUUCGACUGCCCGGCUAUGCCUUCCCCUCUGGCUCAUCGCUCCUCUGCAGAGCACCGUUUCUUGGUUCCCCUGCUUUCCGGGCUGAGUGCCCCUGAGUGGCAGCUCCCGGAUGUCCCUGAGGACUUGUUGCUUGCACUCUCGGACGCCGAGACGAUUGACUCUGCACUGCUGGUUGCCACCGAUGGCAGCGCCUUGCAUGCCCCUGAGGCUCAUGAUCUCUUGUGGUUCCAGCACGCAGGCUGGGGCAUUGCCUGUGCACCUGGUGUAGGGUUUGGUGGGGUGGUUCCUGGGUUAGAUAGGUCCUCCGCUGCAGCAGAGCGCUAUGCUCUCCUCGUGUUAGCCACAGCAGCUGCCCAGCUGGGUGCGCCAGUGUGUGUUUUCACAGACAACAAAGCCUUGGUUACCGGGUUCCGAUCUGCUCUUGCCAUAAACGGCGAGUUUCGAGCCUACUGGGCGCUUGUUCACCGCCUGCUUCCUGCAGGCUCCGCUGUGUACUGGGUUCCUGCACAUGGCCGCCAUCCCGAAUGGGAGUCGCCACUUGCUCCAGUGCCUACCGCAAAACUGCGCGCUCUCAAUGAGACUGCUGACAGCGCAGCUGGUCAAGCCACUGCGCCUUUUACCCAUGUUUUCGCUGCAGCCAAGAUGGCUGCGGCUCAAGCUGCCUCCUGGGCAGAAACUGCGGUGACCCGCCAAGCCUUGCUUGUUGCCACCUGGCACGAUGCUGUCGCCCAGGUGGGGAUUUUUCCGUGGGGUACGCUCAUGGUGUGUUCCCUCACUUUCCCGUGCCUGACACUGCUGGCGUAUGUUGUUCUUGCACACUGCCGCAGCAUCAUUGUGAUGCAGCAGCAACUCAGCCAGUUUGGAAUUGAGCACGCUAAAUCUCAGUGUUGCGAUUGCGGUCAUGUACACAAAUAUACUGGUGACAAGAUGAUUUGUGACCGCAACAUCAUCUUGCGCUGCAUCUCUUCUUGGUUCGGGUCCACCGAGCAGUUCGAGUCGCUGGUGCAAGAUAGGCUACUAAAAACAUUGGUCCAUCAUCUCACCAACGAGGUCUUCUCCUACUUCCGUAUCGUGCAAGCAACGAGCCCGGUUGGUUGGGUUUGCAUUGACGUCUUUCUAGGAGGCUGGAUUCGGCACGAAUUUGAUGUUCGCGGUUUGGUUCUCAUCAGCAGCGCAGUCGUCGGUUAUUGGCUGAUGGUGUUACCCUGCAUUGUGUUCUUUCUGCUUCGGCUCGCCAGCAAGGGAGAGGGGUACGAUCUGAGCACGAAGACCCCGUGGAUCAGCAGUGUUCUGCUGCUGUCUGGCAGCAAAGCUGGGUCAGGGCGCUGCUCGCGUGAUGUUCUGAGUAUUGGCACCUCACACUGCGAAGUGCAGGUUUGCGUGGAUAGAUUUGGAGCUCAUGCUGCCAUGGCGUCCACAGCUGGCCUCGAGGUGUGCAUCGGCAUCCCAUCUGACUUCCACAGGGCAGCGUCCCUUGGAUCUGAUGGCAUAACCUCUGCGCCAGGGACUUCCAUGACAGAGGAGGACGUGUUUGUCGAGGCGUACAUUGGGUUCAUCUCGGAGAUGAAUGCGACAAGCCCGGAGGUCGUGCGAGCGAUUCCAGUGCAUCGGGUCUUGCAACUGGCACCGUGGAGGUGGGUACUCAAUGGGUUCAGCUUUCUCUACCCCUUCAGCAUUCAGACGACCCAUCCCCACGAGUUCUGGUCCCACAGCUGGCGCACAAGCGCUUGGCUCAAGUACCUCAACAUACUUUUCCUGAACAACAGCGUUCCAGCUUUCUUCGUGUCUUGGCUCAGUGCCUUUGUCGCCUUGUUCCUGUGCGUGGCAGGCGUCUUGCCUGCGUGGGUCGGCGCACCAUUCGAGUACAUUUGGUGCACAGUGGCUGGGACGCUGGGCUACGUCUUGACUUUGCUGCUCUGGCGGUGCAAGAAGCUGGUAUUUCUUGACAUUGCCUGCAUCAGUCAGACAGACGAGGCGCUGAAGUCAGAGGCUUUGGUCAGCAUGGGCGCUUUCCUGAAAAACUCCCAGUCACUUUUGGUUCUUUGGGACGAAACGUACACCUCGAGACUUUGGUGCGUGUUCGAACUGGCCGCCUUCCUGCAUAGCCACGACACAAAUGCGAGCAAAUCUUUGGUGGUCUGCCCAAUUUUCGUGGGCCCCGCAUUGUUGAUAGCCCAGAUGGGCCUGUGCAUAGUGGUGCUUGGAUUCGUAUGUUCACAGCUGGGGCUUUUUCCGUGGGGUACGCUCAUGGUGUGUUCCCUCGCUUUCCCGUGCAUGACACUGCUGGCGUAUGUUGUUCUUGCACACUGCCGCAGCAUCAUUGUGAUGCAGCAGCAACUCAGCCAGUUUAGAAUUGAGCACGCUAAAUCUCAGUGUUGCGAUUGCGGUCAUGUAAACGAAUAUACUGGUGACAAGAUGAUUUGUGACCGCAACAUCAUCUUGCGCUGCAUCUCUGCUUGGUUCGGGUCCACCGAGCAGUUCGAGGCGCUGGUGCAAGAUAGGCUACUAAAAACAUUGGUCCAUCAUCUCACCAACGAGGUCUUCUCCUACUUCCGUAUCGUGCAAGCAACGAGCCCAGUUGGUUGGGUUUCCAUUGACAUCUUUCUCGGUGGCUGGAUUCGGCACGAAUUUGAUGUUGGCGGCUUGGUUCUCAUGAGCAGCGCAGUCGUCAGUUAUUGGCUCAUGGUGUUUCCCUGCAUUCUGUUCUUUAUGCUUCGCCUCAUGUACAAAUUCAAAGGUGGCGGCCAGUCACCAACAAUGCGCACGCAAGUGCUGCUGUCUGUAGGGCUGGUGGCAACAGGCACGCUCAUGUUUUUUUGCUUCGCGGCAGCCGAGUCGUUCAAUUCGAACCUCUUCUUGCAUCACUUCGGACACAAAGCAUAUUCGUCGCCAGUCACGGUUCCUCUCAUGGGUGUAGUUACUUUUUUGCUGUGGCGGUGUUUGCCCGCUGCCGACAUCUCCACUCCUUGA